AUGGCUGCCACAGAUAAGUCUCUGGAGGCAAGCAACCUGGCAGAGAUCUGGAAAGCCAUAUUCCGACCGGGUGCAGCAGAGGAAAACCAAUUUGCAAACAAAUACUAUACCUGGCACAGACCUCUCUCGAUCCAAGCUCUCCUCGGACAGCCUCGAACGUGGACGUCGUGGAGCUAUAGAGCUGCCUACCCAAAGCUUUCUGCACUCUUGGAACAAGCUUCCUUGGAAAACAAAUUACGGUGCCGUGUCAACUUCGUGGAACUUGCAAUAGAUGACGAUCGAUAUGAUCUUCGAAAACUCAGCUAUAAUGAAGCACAUGCUCCCCUGUCCGUCAUUUUUGACGCUCUGAAGGUAAUUCCCACUCAGACGGGAAGUGAAGAUCAUUCUGAGGUAAAACUUGAGGGUACUGCUCUUAUUAAGAAGCUCGCCCGGAUACUUCACAUUACAGAUAUUUCGCCUUUGGUGCUCAAUUGCAUUUUUGGGACAUCCUCUGGUCUCGAUAUCAGUCAUAUCGCAGCAUUUGUUGAUAGAAAUCUGAAUGGUUUGAAUUGGGCAAAGGUGAAUCUGCUUCAAAUGCGAAACGCGGGCUGGUCUUCAUAUAUCUACGAAUAUCACUUUUCCUUCUAUUACGUUACCUUCGACUAUUUCGAGCCCGAUACGGUGAAGCCAGAUCCACGCAAAAUUCGAAGAUCAUGCCCGUUCGGGAAAAGAAAGAGUAUGAAACAUCGCUAUAUACAUGAAGAAGCCAUUUCAUUCUUAUUAUGUGGCCACUUUGACGACGCCUUUACUUGCUACCAGCUGGGAGACACCUACUUUAGGCCUCGCUAUGCUAGAGACACAGGGCCCCGGUUUUUUCGGACGUAUGAUCCCAGUCAAUCCCCUGGGCAGCUCUUGCUGUAUUGGAUCGCAGUGGCCCUAUUCCAUGCGAGAUCAAGGUGGAAAAAUGCCAUCGAUGCGCUGGACGCGGAAAUCAAAGCACCGUCUGACGUCGUGUUCAUGGAAGACAGAAGUGAUCUGAUGGCCGACGAUCCUCAGUUUUCUCUCUCCAAAACGUAUUUCUGGGCCCUUCAAACGUAUAAAUUAUUCGAACGGACCCUUGAGCAAACAAUCGCGACAUGGGAGACUUUCAAGAUCGAUUCAUUGCCAAAAAUCCAGGAUGGAAGGAUAAGUCCCGAAAAUUGGGAUGCUAGCGUCCGCAGCAUAGACCAGGCAAUCGAACUCCUCAAACCAAAGAUAAAUCGUAUUAAACGUGGCAUACAAGACGUGAGGGAUCUCCGGGAAGGCGGCAUUUUCAGCAUGCAAUUCGUCGAGCCAAGCUCGAGGACAAUCAAGGCCUUCGCCAUCACUUUGCCAGUGAUCACCAUUGUCAGCGCUCUUCUAAUUUUCAACCUCAACACGCUAACAGUUGCAUUCGACUCCGCAGUGCGCAAAGCUACCUUCGGCCUCCAACGGCAGAUGAGACUCCAUCACAGGAACGACUGGAAGGACAGAGCUCUCGCGUUAUAUCAAGAUGAUAUAAGCACAGAGUCUCCAGUGCGAAAAGCUUCUAAAGAAAGCAGUCGCUGGGUGUAUAUUCUUUUCCUUUUCGAGGUAGCCAUGGUUGUCAUUCCAGUUUCUGAGCUGAAUGCCGCGUUGCAUUUCUAUGGGCUUUUCGGUUCCGAGCAAGAGCGGGAGCGCGAUGGUGUGGAUGAUGACUACUCGGAUAAAGAUGACGGUAGCUCUCAUCGCCCUCGGAAGGGUAGGCAGAAAGAGGUCUUGAUGAGAGUGAAGAGGGCUGCGAAACAAGCGGAAGAGGAGGAACGCAAACGAAAAGACGAAGAGAGGGGGUGGGCUAUAGCGCUUUUAAGACGCUCUUAUAGAAACAUUCGUCAUCUCGGGAGCGCGUUGAUGCAUACCAUCUUCACCUCCGCUAGGGUUCUCUUAUUACCAAUCUGGGUGCCGAUUCUCCUUGUCGAGUACAUCUUUACCGUACUCGCAUUCACGCUGCUAUUCAACCAGCACCCCUCCCAAGCCAACCCUAGCUCAGCGAUGCCUGAAGAGGAAUCGUUGGCGGCCCAUUCACUCUCACCCUUCAUCCGAGCAUGGCGCACCCUUGGCCUAAAUACCCUUACCCUCCCAACCCGACACCACCAUCCGCACGAUAACCCCCCUUCCCCUAGACUCUCUGACACAUUCUCGCACGAACCCCACCUCUCAAACGUAAGAAUUAAAGAGCAGACCCCGACAGAAACUAAACUUCAAUCUCCCCAGUGGUCUGCCACUACCACUGCUACGACGAAAAUUCAAGGAACCCAUAACGCUCCCAAACACCCAGGCGAACACUCGCCCGUAGUGGCUUCGCCGGAAACCCUUCAAGAAGAGGAGGACAUUUCGCCAGUCCCAUUUACGGACGUUGAGGUAUCAGUAUUCGACCCGAGACGAUCGCGCAGGACGUCGGGGGCCAGGAUGUACAGGGCUGCAUUUUCUGCGAGGCAUGGGGAUGAGGCUGGGAGGGGGGCGUAUCGAACUAACAAUGAGAUGGGAUGA